GCCAUACAUCCCCGCGAACGUCCGAACCUCAACCAAAAAUAAAACACCACCCAUUCCGAACCCUGAACACCAAUUGAUCCAUCUACCAAAACAAUGUCCAAACAACAGCACUUCACCCGCCUCAUCCGCUUCGUCGCCAAGGACGGCAAGCGUGUUCUCUACGGCGACGCAAUCCUCCCUUGCCGCGGUGCCGGUGCCGAGAAUGCUCAGAAGGCGAAGGUGAUUAAGGGUGAUCCGCUCGGAGAGUACGAAAUUACGGACGAGGAAGUCGAGGUUGGACGUUUACUCGCACCAUUGGAGACAGAGAAGGUAGGCACCGUCAGAUGUCUCGGUCUCAACUACGCCGCCCACGCCAAAGAAUCCGGCAUGCCCCAACCGAAAUACCCAGUCCUCUUCUACAAACCCCGUACCUCCCUCACCGGCCCCAUGGCCCCAAUCCCCGUCCCCACAAUGGCCCAACAAAACACCCUCGCGCACGCUUCCCACCCCUCCGCAACAGCCUCCGCAACUCCAGGUAGCACAACCCCCAAACUCGACUACGAAGUCGAACUCGUCAUCGUCAUCGGGAAGAAAUGUCGGGAUGUGAAGGAGGAGGAUGUCGAUGACGUGGUGUUGGGAUACGCAGUCGGAAACGAUGUGAGCCAGCGCGCCUGGCAGAUUGAGUUGGGCGGCGGACAAUGGUCCCACGGGAAAGGUUUCGACGGCUGGGCACCCUGGGGCCCGUGCAUCACCCACCCCUCCCUCCUCUCCCCGCACUCCACAGGCAACCGCAACCUCGACCUCCGCAUCACCUGUUCCGUCAACGCCCACCCCCGCCAACAAUCCACAACCGCAGACAUGAUCUUCGGGAUCAGGAAGACGGUUGCGUUGUUGUCACGUGGGGUUACGCUCAUGCCGGGUGAUUUGAUUUUUACGGGGACGCCGGAGGGGGUUGGGAUGGGGUUUAAGCCUGAGGGGAAGUGGUUGAGGGAUGGGGAUGUUGUUGAAGUUGGGGUUGAGGGGUUAGGAAAGUGUAAGAAUGUUGUUGUGUUUGAGGGAGGAAUGGGGAGGGCGAGGUUGUAGGUGUGGGACUUGAAGGUGUAAGAGGUUAAAAGUCGAGUUGUUAAACGGGUGAUGAUUCCCACGGCCGCGUCGCGGAUUCCCAGGUGC